AUGGGUUGCUGUUUUUCCUCGCCUCGUCGUGACGAGACCGACUCGCAAUAUUCCUCGCAAGUAGUCGCAGAAGAACGUCGGUCAGAAUCAACACCUCGACCUUCCCAUGUGACUCCGAAUCCAAAUAUUCCGUCCGCUUCUUCGGCUGCUGCCCGACGACGCUCGUCGAGCCAGUUUGCGUUGAGCGAGCACUUCAACGCCCCUAUUCGCCGUCAUGUGUGGUAUAGCAAGCGUCGGCUGUGGAGCCGGGCGCAGUUGGAUCAGGAGCGCAAGGAUUUCUUCGAGACCAGAGUGACAGGUCGUCCAGAGGUCUGGGCCGCUUUAUCGACAGCACUAGUCUUGAUGCGCGCCGACGAUCUCGCGACCGCCCAGAGCAUCAUCGAUGCCGCCGGGAUAACGGUGCCCACGGGGGAUCCCUGUCAGGGCUGCUACGACGAGCAGGGGGCACUGUAUCGCCUGCCUCAGUGCAUCGUCAGUGACCCAGAAAACAUGGCGCGAGCGAGAUCCAGCGGCGAGAUAGAUGAGGGGGACGACGACUUCGACACCGAAGACGGCAAAUUGUCGGCGGACGAAGCCUCCGGCGACGAACUGAUCACGGAAGAACUCGAACGGCGCAGGGACGAAAAAGGCAAAACCCGGGAGCGAGAUCUGAUCUGUGUUAAAGCACGACUCAGCGACAGGGGUGGACCCGACGUGGUCGUGGCCGUCGGAAAUGCACAGAAUGUGGGUUUUAUUGCCCGGAAGGUGCAGCAAGAAGCAAGGAUUCCCAGGAGUCACCGUGUUCGCAUCGCUUACUUGGGCAAGAUGCUCAAGGAGAAUUCCACCUUGACCGAGCAAGGAUGGACACCAGGCCAUGUGGUCAACGCAUUGGUAGCGAUCAGGCAUUGA